UAAUUCGACGAACAUUACCAUACAACAAUUAAAACAAUGGUUUCCGAAAGCAGCAUUUCCUCUUCAUAUCCCAUCAAAACCAUAGUCAUUUUGGUCCAAGAAAACCGCUCAUUCGACCACAUGCUAGGAUGGUUCAAGACCCUCAACCCUGAAAUCAAUGGGGUAGCUGGGUCCGAAUCCAACCCCAUUUCCACAUCUGAUCCCAACUCAUCCAGGAUCUUCUUCAAGGAUAAUGCUGAGUACGUUGACCCUGACCCUGGACACUCCAUCCAAGCCAUUUACGAGCAAGUAUUUGGCAAGCCUUGGAGCUCUGAUGACCAUAACCCACCCCAUGAGCCAACAAUGAAUGGCUUUGCUCAAAACGCUGAAAGUACCGAGAAGGGAAUGGCAGAGGCAGUGAUGAAAGGGUUUACACCUGACGCAGUGCCUGUUUACAAAGAGUUGGCAUUGAACUUUGCUAUAUGUGACCGGUGGUUCGCGUCGGUCCCGGCUUCCACUCAGCCUAACCGGUUGUUUGUGCACUCGGCUACAUCACAUGGGGCCACAAGCAAUAACACAUUGAAGCUGAUCCAAGGGUUUCCUCAAAAGACGAUAUUUGAGUCAUUGGAUGAAAGUGGCUUUAGUUUUGGGAUUUAUUAUCAAUAUCCUCCAUCUACCUUGUUCUACAGGAAUCUUAGAAAAUUGAAGUACUUAAAAAACUUUCAUCAAUUUGAUCUACACUUCAAGAAGGACUGUGAAGAAGGAAAUCUGCCAAACUAUGUUGUUGUUGAACAAAGAUAUUUCGACCUCUUAUCGGUGCCUGCAAACGAUGAUCAUCCGUCCCACGAUGUCUCGGAAGGCCAAAAAUUUGUAAAGGAAGUUUAUGAGGCGCUAAGAGGUAGCCCCCAGUGGAAGGAAAUGUUGUUCGUAAUUACAUAUGAUGAGCAUGGUGGAUUUUAUGAUCAUGUUCCAACUCCUACAGCUGGGGUCCCUAGCCCUGAUGAUAUAGUUGGUCCUGAACCAUAUUACUUCAAGUUUGACAGGCUUGGUGUUAGAGUUCCUACAUUUUUUAUUUCUCCCUGGAUUGAACCAGGAACAGUGAUACAUGGGGCUUCAGGACCAUAUCCUACUUCAGAAUUUGAGCAUUCAUCAAUUCCAGCAACUGUCAAAAAGAUUUUCAAUCUAAAAGAGUUCCUGACAAAGCGUGAUGCAUGGGCUGGCACUUUUGAAGGUGUUAUAAAUAGGAAGGGCCCAAGAACAGAUUGUCCAGUUAAAUUACCUGAGCCAGUGAAAAUGAGAGAUACUGAGGCUAAAGAGACGGUGAAACUAAGUGAAUUUCAAGAAGAAUUAGUACAAAUGGCAGCAGCAUUGAACGGAGACCAUAAAAAGGAAAUUUAUCCACACAAACUUGUGGAGAACAUGACAGUAGCAGAGGCUGUUAAGUAUGUGGAUGGUGCCUUCAAGAAGUUCUGUGAUGAAUGCCAAAAGGCAAAAGAAAGUGGAAUGGAUGAAUCUGAGAUUGUUGAUUUAGGAAAACGGGCUGAAAGAUCAAGAUCCAAAUCUUUCAUUCACAAGAUGCUUUCCUGCCUAGUCGGCCAAAAUUGAAAACACUGCAUCUUUUAAUUUCUAGCAGGAAAUCUUUCUUUGGUCUUGCUCAUUAACUAGGGGCAAGAUCAUGGCUAUAUGAAUUAUUUUAUUGGUCCACACUUUAGGGCAUCCUAGGAUAGGACAAGUAGAUGAUGAUGUUAAUUUGUUUGAUUCAAUAAUGUAAGUAUCCUGUUUGAACAUUUAAGAUCUACUGUCUAGCUAGAUUGCACAUACAAUGUAAUUUGCUUUUAUAUAAUUAUGUUUAGUUAUAUCACAAUGAAACUCUAAUUCUUAUGGAAUCCAAAUGUUUCAAUAUUAUGAUGAAA